GUCUCCCAACCCAGACUAUACCCAUCCCGCCUCUGCACGACAUUGUCCAGCCAAGCAUCCUUCAGGCCGCCCGAAGGCGUUUUUUUUUCUGGAGCAUCGACCGUCCGAAUUGAUCAGAAUUGCUAGCGAGAAAAAAAAAACGCCCAUAUUUAUUACGGUGGUGGAUCGCGAUCCGCGCUGUCACCUUGGUCGUGCCAGACCGUACCCCUGCCUGUGCCAACUCGAAACAGCAGCAGCGAGCGCGGGGCAGCUUUUCUAGCUAGCUCCAGCCCGUCGCUCGUCCUCUUCUUCCCUCAGCAUGAUACCGCGAACAAUGACUUCCAACGAGGUAUACCUGCUGCCUCUGAACGACGACGGUUCGCCCCAGGUCGCCGGCGAGUACAUUUACCUGGCGCCGAGAUGCGGUGAUCCCGUCACCAUCCGCUUCGCGAUCGAAGGCACGUCGAGCAUAUGUCGUCAUGGCAGUCUCUGGGUCAACAUCCCCGCAAAGGGCGAGGAAUUUCGUCGCGACAAAUUCACAGAGUACAAGUUGACCCCGGACUUCAAUCGCACGUUGGAGGUCUCCAUCCCCAUCCACGAUGCGGGCGCCUACGCCUUCUACACGACGUACGCCGAGCUCCCUGAGCUGAGCACAGAGCUGUCCGGUGACGCUUCGUCGCAAAAUACACUGAAGAAGACGCCGCUCUACUACAUUGAUGUCGCGCCGCGUCUCAAGCUGGAUGGCCGGCCCCUGCCCCUGCCAGCGCUGUCCGUCUUCUCCGUCAUCAGCAAGUUCAUGGGGUCCUACCCGAAAGACUGGGAGAAACACCUCCACGGGAUCAGCGACCGAGGGUACAACAUGAUCCACUUCACACCUCUCCAGGUGCGUGGAUCAUCCAACUCGCCGUACAGUCUCUAUGACCAACUUGGCUGGGAUCCUCACUGCUUCCCAGGCGGCGAGAAGGAUGUCGCGCGCAUGAUUGAGAGCUUGGAGAAGGACUAUAGUCUUCUCAGCUUGACAGACAUUGUGCUCAACCACACCGCUAACAACACAAAAUGGCUCGAGGAGCAUCCCGAGGCUGGCUAUAACUUGACGACCGCGCCAUGGCUUGAAUCUGCUUUCGAACUCGAUACCGCGUUCCUCGAGCUGAGUGCAAACCUUGAAAAGCUGGGGCUGCCUACCGAGCUCAAGUCAACGGACGACCUGAUGAAGAUCAUGGAGACGGCAAAGAAGGAAGUCAUUGCCAAAAUCCGUCUGUGGGAAUACUUUGUGCUGGAUGUGGAGCGUGACGCCGAUGCAAGUGUGGACGCUUGGGUUGCUGGCAAGACGCAUGCUCCUGAGGAUGUGGCCGAGUACGGCGCCCGUGUCGAGAGCCUCAAGAGCUCAUCGCUGAACGAACAGGUCCAGUUCCUGGAACAGUACGGCUUGCAGGGCAAGGACAGACUUGGGGAACGCUUCUACCGUCGCGUCAACCCGGACGUUGCCGCGAGCUUACUCUCCUACGUCUUUGGCCAGUAUGACGCCAACAGCUCGGGUGCUCCUGACAAGGCAGCUGCGAGAGGCAAGAUGGUGGAGAUCCUGGACGCUCUCAACGUAUCAUUCUACCGCGAGUACGACACCGACGUGAACGAGAUUCUGGACCAAGUCUUCAACCGCACAAAGUACACCCGUCUCGACGACCACGGCCCCAAACUUGGCCCCAUCACCAACGAGAACCCCCUCAUCGAGUCGUAUUUCACCCGCCUCCCCAAGAAUGAGACUACUUCCAAACACUCUGCCAGGGACCUCGCCGUCGUCAACAACGGUUGGGUCUGGGGUGGAAACGCCCUGGUGGACCAUGCAGGACCCGACGUUCGCGUUUACCUGCGACGCGAAGUCAUCGUCUGGGGCGAUUGCGUGAAGCUGCGCUACGGCAAGGGCCCGGAGGACAACCCAUGGCUCUGGGAACAUAUGACCAAGUACGCUCGUUUGAUGGCAAAGUACUUUGCUGGCCUGCGUAUCGACAACUGCCACUCAACCCCCAUCCACGUUGCUGAGCACAUUCUUGACGAGGCUCGCCGCGUACGCCCUGAUGUGUAUGUCGUCGCCGAACUCUUUACUGGGUCGGAGGAGACGGACUACGUCUUUGUGAAGCGACUGGGCCUCAGCUCCCUCGUUCGCGAAGCCAUGCAGGCAUGGAGCACCGCCGAGCUCAGUCGCCUUGUCCACAGGCACGGAGGACGCCCGAUUGGUAGCUUCGAGGUGGAUGAGGUGUCCAGGCCUGAAAGCCGCAGCCCACCCACGAGCCCAGCCAGGGCGGGCAACAAGAACCCUCUUGACGAGAGCGGUGUGUAUUCGCGGGAAAUCAUCAGGACCAUCAAACCAACGCCUGUCCAUGCCCUCUUCAUGGACUGCACCCACGACAACGAGACCCCUGCGCAGAAGCGUGAUGCUCGCGACACCCUGCCAAAUGCGGCCCUCGUCAACAUGUGUUCUAGUGCGACGGGCAGUGUUAUGGGAUACGACGAGAUCUACCCGAAGCUCGUUGACCUUGUGAACGAAACCCGCCAAUACACCUCCGAGUCUUCGGGUUCGCAUUCCGUGAGCUCCGGGCGUGGAAAGAACGGCAUCGGCGGCGUGAAGAAGAUCCUGAACCAGAUUCACACACUAAUGGGCAAGGACGGGUAUGAUGAGACUCAUGUGCAUCAUGAGGAUCAAUACAUCACCGUGCACCGUGUGCACCCAGAGUCACGCAAGGGCUACUUCCUGAUUGCCCACACUGCGUACCCUGGGUAUGGGAACGGCAACGGAGACUUCAGCGCCGUGCACCUGGCGGGUACCAAGGCGCGUCACCUGGGCAGUUGGAUGCUCGAGGUCGAUGCGAGCGCUGAAGCGACCAAGGAAGUUCUGGACGAUCAGAAGUCCUUGAGGGGCUUGCCCAGCCGGGUGGUCGAUUUGCCAGGCAUCCGCAUGGAGGUUAAUGGUGAAGACACCACCAUCACGGUCCGCGACAGAUUCCCUCCCGGCAGUAUCGCUUUGUUUGAGACAUGGAUCCCCACUGCCGAGCAUUCGGCCGGUCUAGACAAUUAUGUCACCUCUGGGGCGAAGGAGGCCAUGGGUCAGCUGGACUUGGUGGACCUCAACUUCCUGCUGUAUCGCUGUGAGGCUGAGGAGAUGGACUCCAGCGGCGGCCAAGACGGAGUAUAUGAUAUUCCCGGCCACGGCAAGCUCAUCUAUGCCGGCCUUCAGGGUUGGUGGACCAUUCUCGAGACCAUCGUUCGGGAGAACAACCUGGCCCACCCGCUGUGCCAGAACCUCAGGGAUGGACAGUGGGCUCUGGACUACACCGUUGGCCGCCUGGAACGUAUCAGUGUCAAGUCUGGGCACGAACGUCUCGCUGCGCCUGCUGAAUGGUUCAAGGACCGCUUCAAUGCCAUCCGGAAGAUCCCAAGCUUCCUGCUGCCCCGCUACUUUGGUCUCGUUCUACGCACCGCUUACCUGGCUGCCACGGAACGUGCUCUGGCCCUGAUGGGAGAGGACAUCCAGCACGGCCAGUGGUUCCUGCAGAGGCUGGCCUUGGUGAGCGUGCAGAUGAACGGAUACGUCAAGUCUGCCUCUCUCUGGCCAAACAAGCCCGUGCCAGCCAUGGCCGCUGGUUUGCCUCACUUUGCUGUCGAAUGGGCCAGGUGCUGGGGACGUGAUGUCUUCAUCUCACUUCGCGGUCUUCUCCUCGGUACAGGCCGUUUCGCCGAAGCGAAGGAGCACAUUCUGGCCUUUGCGAGCGUGCUGAAGCAUGGUAUGAUCCCCAACCUGCUCAGCAGCGGCGAUCUGCCGCGAUACAACUCGCGCGAUUCGAUCUGGUUCUUCCUGCAGACCAUUCAGGAUUACGUCAAGAUUGCUCCCGAAGGUGCUGCGCUUCUCAAGACCAAGGUAAAGCGGAGAUUCCUUCCGUAUGAUGACACCUGGUUCCCUACGAGCGACGAGCGGGCGUACUCGACGGAGAGCACCAUUGAGGAUGUGAUUCAAGAAGCACUCCAGAGGCACGCAACUGGCAUGAAGUACCGCGAAGCCAAUGCUGGCCCAGGAAUCGACAUGCAGAUGAAGGACGAGGGAUUCAAUCAAGACAUCAAGGUGGAUUGGAGCACCGGUAUCAUCUUUGGCGGUAACCAGCACAACUGCGGUACGUGGAUGGACAAGAUGGGUGAGAGCGAGAAGGCCGGCUCCAAGGGUGUGCCAGGAACGCCCCGUGACGGCGCUGCCGUCGAGAUCACCGGCCUUCUCUACAGCGCGCUGGACUGGCUGUCAGAGAUGCACAAGAAGGGGCAGUACGCCUACGAAGGCGUCAAGACUUCGGAGGGCAAGACUGUCACACUCGCUAAGUGGGCGGCGCUCAUCAAGGAGAACUUUGAGCGCUGCUACUACGUGCCGGUUUCGGCUGAGGAGGACUCCAAGUACGACGUCAACACCAGCAUCGUCAACCGUCGCGGUAUGUACAAGGAUCUGUACAAGUCCGGCAAAGAGUUCGAGGACUACCAGCUGCGGUGUAACUUCCCCAUCGCGAUGACAGUGGCGCCCUCGCUUUUCAACCCGGAGCACGCCUUGCACGCCCUGCGUCUGGCCGACACGGCCCUCCGAGGACCGGCCGGCAUGGCGACACUGGACCCGGCCGACCUGAACUACCGCCCGUAUUACCAUAACAGCGAGGACAGCGAGGAUUUCGCGACCAGCAAGGGUCGCAACUACCACCAGGGACCCGAGUGGCUCUGGCCGACGGGCUACUUCCUGCGUGCGCUGCUCAAGUUUGACCUCGGGAGGCGCACAAGCGAGGCUGGCAAGACAGAGGCCUUCCAGCAGGUGACGAGACGUCUUGCGGGGUGCAAGCAGUGGAUGAAGGACAGCCCCUGGGCCGGUCUGACCGAGUUGACGCAGAAGAAUGGCGAGAACUGCCCCGAUUCGAGCCCGACGCAAGCCUGGUCCGCAGGAUGCCUGAUUGACCUCUACAUGGACGCCGCCGAGGAGCAAGACAAGGACAAAUAGGAGGGAUUGGAUGAUCAUAAGUAUGGGAUAUCAGCAUGGUUCGCUAGCAU